AUGAGCUUCAACCGCAGGAGAGUAGCGCUGGCCUGCACCUUCUGUCGGCACAGGAAGCGCCGCUGCGAUGCCGGUCGCCCGGCCUGCCGGAACUGCAUAGAAGCAGACGUCGACUGCCGCUACGAUGACACGCCGUCGCAACGCAUCGACUCCAGCGGCGGCAGUCGCGAAAUCAUCAGCCGGUUACAGGAGAUUGAGGCCAUGCUGCAGCACCACCUGCCGGGCAUCAGUGCACUUGUGUCGGGAAUCCAGGCCAUCGUCUCUCAAUCGCCCGGUGGCAUAGCCGCCACGUCGCCGGCCAGCCAAGCGUCGACGCUCCAGGCGGCGCGAAUCCUGUCGCACGAUCUUGCCGGUGCCGCUUCAUCACCGUCGUGGACGUUGCCCUCCCUGGGCAUCGAGCCGCACCACCAACUGACCGCGGUCGCCGACCCGGAACUGGCACCGCUCACCAUCCCCGUCGGCCACAAGACUUCCUCCAACUACCUGCUCCGCCUGCCAGCCAUGAAGCAGCUGAUCGGCGAGUAUCCGGAGGACCUGUUCUUUUUGCUGGAGUCCCGGAACACCUUGCCCACAGAACUCCCCGUGCAACCCGCCGUGACGCCCCUGACUUCGGCCGAGCUGGACAAGGAGUAUCUGGAUUGUCUUCUGUCCGCCUUCUUCUCCCACGCUUACCAAUGCCACCCCAUCCUCGACAAGGAUGAGUUCCACCGCAUCUACCAAGACUUUCUCAAGAACUACUUUGCCGACCCGUGCAGUAUCGAGUCGGUCCUCUGUCUCGUGGUGUUCGCCAUCGGAGCAGCAACGCUGGCGCCUCGUGGCGCGCAAGGCUUUCAGACUUCUCCACCGGGCAUGGUGUACAUGCAGGCGGCCUUGCCAACCUUGGUCACCAUGUCGUCGUGGUCCGUCAGUUACAACCUGCUGCUACCGCAGGCCUUGGUGCUGGCGAGCGUAUAUUUCGCCUACAUUAUCCGGCCCCUCCAGAGCUGGCGGCUAGUUUAUUCCGCCUCCUCACUUCUCCAAUUCAAGCUUUGUCGACUGUCGACCCGUGAAGACGAUCCAGCCUCGAAAGAGACAAUUCUGCGCAUAUUCUGGUCGUGUUUCCUAGUCGAAUGUGACCGCCUAGCCGAGCUGGAACUGCCACAGAGCGGUCUCCAGCAGCUGAUCGACCAGACGAGUCUCCCCAGUUUCACCUCCGUCGACUCGGCCUCAUCAACCGCGUACUUGGCUGAGAUCUCCAUCCGGCGCUUGCUCAACCGGGUGCACAACUCGCUGUACCCCCGAAAACAGAACCCACUCUCCUUGUCGUCUACCUCGCUGACUGCCCUCGACGACUUCUCCGCCACAGAGAUCGCGUCCGCCACAUCCGUGUGCGGCGAACUCCAGCGGCAGCUCACCUUAUGGUAUGAGUCCAUCCCGGCGCCCUUCCGGCCCUCGCUCGGGACAGAGGCCACCGGAAGCGACCGCGAGACGGUGCUGCGCAUCCGGUACUACGCAGCCAGGCACAUCAUCCACCGCCCCUUCCUGCUGUACAUUGUCACACAUGAUCUGCAGCACGUGUCCGAUCCCGGUAUCCUGGAGAAGGCCGGCGUCUGCAUUGAGAGCUGCAGGGCGUACUUGCACAACACCACUAAGAUCCUUGUGAAACAGAGCCAGUACACCUGGACCUUCUCGCUGUCGUGA